UUUUACUUAUUUGGUUACACGUCGACACACCUUACGACUAGUUGCAAGAAAAAUCACUCUAACACUGAAAAGUAAAACAAGAUAUUAAAAUUCAUAUUUUCUUACAAGGUAUAUUAUUUGAAUUGUUUUAAUAAUAUUAUUAUCCGGCACUAUGAAGCUUCUGUGCAUUUUAAUAACGCUUGCUUUUGUAAACGUUGUGCCAAUUAUGACAGCGGACUAUGCAAAUUCGGUUUACACUACAAACAAAUACAUCAAAGAGGUUUUUGAUAGAGAUCCUACUAUAUUGAAGACUGCAAUUUCAAAUAUUAUUGAUGGGGAUAAAACGUUCGAGACACUUAAUGUGAUGUUAGCUAUACCGGACAAAGCAAAUUACUGGUUUACAAUUGAACAUGAUGACUCAUUUAUUAACAACUUACCAGAACAUAUUGCCAUAGCUGAUCAGGAGGCAGUGCAACAAGCAAUAUCCCAAGUUACAGAUAUCCCUGUGCCUCAACUUGGCCCGAACGAAAAUUUUGAGAAUGAUUCAUUAGCACAGCUUGGAGAAGCCAGAAGACGUAUAACAGGAGAAGUUACAAAAAAUGUACUUAUCGAAGCAAUAAAUGAAGGAACACCAGAAUUUCCCAACCUUGACGAAAUAUGCAUUCUAAUAGGUUUGCUUCGAAGUAUGGAACGCCCAGAUACGUACAUAAAAACCGCUAGUGUUGAUCCAGCCGGCUACGAAUGUAUAUUAACUUCACAAAAUGGCAAUACAUUCCAAUACAGAGCUCAUCACGGCUAUAUUGCUGCUGUAAGACCAGUAGGUGGUAAUCGUGUUGGAUAUGUGGAUGUUUUGAGUGAGCUACUCAGCCCUUGGUUUUAUUUCUAUAGUUAUCGUUCAACAAACCAACAUUCGUAGCUAUUUUAUAAAAAGUAUAUAGCACCUACUGUUAUUGUUUUAAUUUAAUGAUAUUUAUGUGUCGCACUUGUAUCUAAAUUGUCAUUUAAUUCAAUGUAUUACAAAAUAAACAAGUUUCUUUCAGUGAUAUAAAA